CGCCGGGCCCCUAGAGCUCCAGCCCCAGAGCCUAGGCACCUGGGGCCGGCCCCACCCCCCUCCAGGCCGUGAUGAUUCUGCGAUUCCUCACCCUUGCUCUGGUGACAGGGCAUGUAGGGGGAGAAACCAGAAUCAUCAAAGGGUACGAGUGCAAGCCUCACUCCCAGCCCUGGCAGGUGGCCCUGUUCCAGAAGACAAGGCUCCUCUGUGGGGCCACCCUCAUCGCCCCCAGAUGGCUCCUGACAGCAGCUCACUGCCGCAAGCCCCGUUACCUGGUCCUCCUGGGGGAGCACAACCUGCAUCGGCGGGAUGGCUGCGAGCAGAAGCGGACGGCCACCGAGUCCUUCCCCCACCCCGGCUUCAACAACAGCCUUCCCAACAAGGACCACCGCAAUGACAUCAUGCUGGUGAAAAUGGCGUCGCCAGCCAUCAUUACCCGGGCUGUGCGGCCCCUCACCCUGUCGCCACACUGCGUCGCCGCGGGCACCGGCUGUCUCAUCUCCGGAUGGGGCACCACGUCCAGCCCCCAGUUGCGCCUGCCCCAUUCCCUGCGAUGUGCCAACAUCUCCAUCAUUGGACACAAGGAGUGUGAGAGCGCCUACCCGGGCAACAUCACCGACACCAUGCUGUGUGCCAGCGUUCUGAAAGGAGGCAAGGAUUCCUGCCAGGGUGACUCCGGAGGUCCCCUGGUCUGUGACGGUUCCCUCCAAGGGAUUAUCUCCUGGGGCCAGGAUCCAUGUGCAGUCACCAGAAAGCCCGGGGUCUACACAAAAGUCUGCAAAUACGUGGACUGGAUCCAUGAGACGAUGAACAACAACUAAACAAUUAUACAAUGAUAGUUGCCACAGGCUGACUCCUUCAGUGUUUUCCUUGUUUGUGAUCUAAUUUCUGUUCUUUCUACUCAUCAGAAACCCUAAGCCAGAGCCACCUCCCCUCUUUGUGGACUGUAUCA